AUGUCAAGCUCUCUCCCGGGCACCCGUGAGCUGCCUCCCUCACAAUAUGACCUCAGUACAUACUGGGGGCGGGUUCGCCAUGCGGCAGAUUUAUCAGAUCCCAGAACAUUAAUGGUAAACCAUGCCGGUUUAGAGCGCGCGAAGGGUCUCAUAACGGAAUAUAAGCAAGGCAAGCUCGCAGGAAUGAAUCCGGACCUAUGGAAGGCGAAGAAGAUUGUGGAUUCGACAUUACAUCCCGAUACUGGCGAGCCGGUCUUCCUCCCUUUCCGGAUGUCAUGCUUCGUCCUGUCGAAUUUGGUCGUUACAGCAGGAAUGCUCACGCCUGGUCUUGGAACAUCGGGGACUCUCCUCUGGCAAAUAGCAAAUCAAUCCCUCAACGUAGCGAUCAAUAACGCCAAUUCGAAUAAAUCCACACCGUUAUCCGUCUCUAAAAUGACACAGUCCUACUUCCUGGCGGUUGGCGCGUCCUGUUCGGUAGCCCUCGGUCUCAAUGCCCUUGUCCCUCGAUUAAAACGAGUCAGCCCGGCUACAAAGACGAUCCUCAAAAGACUGGUGCCAUUUGCUGCUGUUGCGAGUGCUGGAGCGCUAAAUGUGUUCCUGAUGCGGGGGGAGGAGAUCAGACUAGGCAUUGACGUCUACCCUGUGCUGUCUGAAUCCGACAAAGCCAAGCUGGAACAAGAAGGACUGCCAGAGUCCUCGGUCCCUUCUCUAGGCAAGAGCAAGAAAGCCGCCACGCUUGCGGUCUCAGAAACCGCUCUUAGCAGAGUCUUGAACAGCUCCCCGAUUAUGAUAAUCCCUCCGCUGAUCCUGGUUCGACUGCAAAAACAAGAGUGGCUCAAGCGCAAUCCGAGAUUGACAUUGCCCGUUAAUCUUGGGCUGGUUCUUUGCACGAGUCUUUUUGCUCUGCCAUUAGCACUCGGAGCAUUCCCACAGAGACAGAGCGUGGAUGCUUCAAGUCUCGAAGAGGAGUUCUGGGGCAAGGGUGGAGAAAAUGGGAAAGUUGCGUUCAAUAGGGGGAUUUGA